AUGCCUACGAUUCAAAUUGACAAUCAAGACCUGUAUUACAGCUGGGAUCCGGCAGGCGAGGGGCCAAUUUUGCUCCUCAUUCAUGGGCUGGGGUCGAGCAAUUCAUUCUACGCGUCAAUUAUUCCAGGCUUGGUACAGAAGGGCUUCUCGUGCCUCGCAUUUGAUACGCCAGGAAGUGCCUCAUCGACGUACAGGGGGAGCGACAGCGACGGGGAAGCAAUAUGCGGCGCGGCAGUAGCUCUCAUCGCAGCUCUCGAGCUCCAUGCCAAACGCAUCGUUGUCGUUGGACAUUCCAUGGGAGCUAUAAUCGCUAGCGAACUAGCUCUUCACCUGGAAAUCCUGGGAGUCGUCCUUAUCGGGCCUGUGAAUCCUUCAGCGGCACUGGCAGAUGUAUUCGAUGCGCGGAUCAAGCUUGUCGAGAAUGAGGGUAUGGAAGGCGUAGCAAACGUGGUUCCGUUCGCAGCUACGGGCCCCAAAGCAACAGCUACACAAAAGGCCUUUAUCCGAGCCCUCUUGUUGGCCCAGACGGCAGAAGGAUACAAGUCGCUCUGUCGGACGAUUGCAAACGCAAAACGGCCGCGAUACGAGGACAUCAAGUGUCCGCUGCUUAUCAUUGCUGGCUCGCAUGACAAAACCGCACCGCUCACCGGGUCCCAGGACAUUCUGAACAGUUGGGGAGUCGAGGACGGACUCAAGCGAAUUGAGUUACUGGCUGACGUUGGACACUGGCAUUGCAUUGAGGCGGCGCCGGAAGUGGAGGAUUUGGUAGGCGCAUUCGUUGAAGGUGUUGGUGGCACUGGUCAAGUAUCGCGAGCAUAA